ACCACUUUCAAAAUGAUCCGUGCUCGAGUUCAGUCACAGAGGCUUUGGAAGUCAUGUGAGCCAGUCAUGUUUGCAACUGUCGGCCGUGGAGUGUGCAAUGCAAGUGGGGGCCCGUUCAUGUGUGUCCGCUGCACUCAGUGGCAGAUAGGCCAGCAGUGGGUGACUGUGAAGUCCCCGCCCACGCGCGGUGGUAAUUGGUACCAAGGCCGGAUGGAAUCAUCCAAGCGGUCAGUGGUGAGUCUCAGCCAGGCUGGGCAUUUAUGGGCCCUUCAACUUAUGCCUGUGCACAUGGUGCAACCUGCGAAUUAUCAAGUAGCUGAUUUUGUCAGUGAUGCCCGAUUUGCUGGAAAUGCCAAAAACAAUUUCAGGAUCAAGAAGACGAAAGUGGGUCAGCUGCUGGAAGAGAAUCCUGUCAUCCGGAUUGGGCAGAGGAAAAUUAGACGAAGACGGGCAGCAGGCGUUACAUCAGUUUAUCAAACAGGAAACAUUAGCAAUGACAGCAAAUUUGAACAUGGUGAAAUUGACAUCCACAGUCCAGAGGGAGCCCUUCAGGAGUCGCUCCCAACAGAUGACGAAUUAGCUGAGAUUCUGCCAGCUACACAUGGACACUUAGUAGCUAGAUCCCAAAGAGCACAAACUUCAGAACAAGUCGACAAUUCCGCGAGUCUUAAUGAAUUUGAUAAGCAAUAUUUUCUGGAUGUGCCUUCAUUGCAGAAUGAAAGGGCGUCAUCAGGCGCAACAGUCAACAAGGUCAUAGAUGUGGAUGAUAGAAAUGAAUUUGACCAACAGUAUUUUGGGAGUCUGCAUGAUGUAGACAGGGGGUCUAGUUCCACUUCUGAAGAGCAGGAGGGAGCAGAACAGAAGAGACCUCUAUCAAGCAAAGCCAAUCAAAAGAGCUCCCAGCCUGUCUACAUGGAUUCAAGUUUAGCCGAGGACCAUUCAGACAACUUGUUUUAUGCGAGGAAGACACAGAAGGCAUUGGAAGAUUUUGAUAAGCAGCUGGGGAGAAUGUUUGAAGAUGCAGGCCAAGACAAACACAUUGACAUCAAGUCUCUGUUUGAAUUUGAACCUUACGAAAAACCGACUGAAUUCCAGAGGGCAGAUGACUUCACAGAGCACCGGGAGUUGACGUUUACAAAUGAGCCAAUGCUUGAAGGACAGGUGACCGUGAAGAUGCAGACCAAGGCUGUGAAAGCAAAGCUGGAAGCUGAUCGCAUCUUUUCCGAGAAGAAAGAAGAGUUGACCAUCGAUGGCUAUGACCUCUCAGACCUUGAGCCAGAAAUUAUCGGAGCAAUGAAGGCCAUAAAACGGGCGAGGGCUGUCAGGUCUGGCAAAGUGAAAGCACCCAAGGGUCAGAAAGUCUUUGGCAGCCCAGAUCCAAGCCUGCCAGCCACAGACGUUUCCUGUUCAGGAUGUGGGGCUCAGUUCCAGGCCCACGACCCGAAGCACCCGGGCUUCCUCCCUGGCGAGAAGUACCGGGAACUCUUGGAAGCUGGUGGACUGGAGAGGGCGAUGUGUCAGCGCUGCUGGUACCUGACUCACCACCAGAUGGCACUAGACGUCAGUAUCACAGAGGAUGAUUACAGGGACAUCAUCACCUCAAUCCGAAGGACCAGAGCCUUGGUGGUUGUCCUUGUAGACUUGCUGGACUUUCCAUGCAGUCUGAUUCCUAAUUUGAAGGCUAUGGUAGGAGAGAGAAGACCCAUGGUUAUUGUGGGAAACAAGGCUGAUCUCCUACCGAAGGACUCUCCCGACUGGAGCCAACGCAUCACCAAGCAGCUUUUGAAGGCGUGUGUGGAGGCGGGCGUUUGCAAUGAGGAGAGUGUGCAGCACGUCUGCAUUGUCAGCGCCAAGUCGGGGUUUGGCAUCGAAGACCUGAUCACAGCCCUGCAGAAGAAGUGGGGGACCAACAAUGACGUGUAUUUGCUCGGGACAGCCAAUGUGGGUAAAUCUACCUUGUUCAAUCGUCUCCUGAAAUCAGACUACUGCAAGGCGAAGGCAACAUACCUGAUUGGCAAAGCAACUAUCUCACGCUGGCCAGGCACCACUCUCAACUUACUCAGAUUUCCUAUAGUGAAACCAACCGCAGAAAAGAUGGCUCUCAGAAAUGACAGACUCGUAGAAGAAAAGAGGCAGGCCAAAGCAGAGCUGGAGAAUCAGAAGACCAAAGGUGGACUGCAUAAGAAGAGGCUAGAUGAACUGGCUUAUGUCAGAGGCGAGUGGAACCAGAUCUUGACCAAGUUGACGGUCGACGAGUUGAAGCUUGUCAUCCCCAAAACUAUCAUUCUACCCAGGACUAUCUCACUCAAACCAGGGAACACUUUCCUCCUCGGAGGACUCGGAAGGUUAGAUUAUUUGGAGGGUCGGAUGGCUGCAUUCUUCACAGUCUUUGCCUCCAAAGACUUACCAAUGCGAAUUAUUCCAACAGCUGGGGCAGAUGAAGUUCAUCAAGGCUUGGCUGACAGGAAUCACCUGACGGUUCCCCUUGGUGGGCCAGAGCGAAUGAAAACCUUCCCUGCCAUGCAGCCAGUGGAGAUGAAAGUCGUUGGACAAGGCUGGCACUGCAGUGCUGCAGAUGUCCUGUUCUCUUCAACAGGUUGGGUCGCAGUGACAACAGCCAAGGGAGAGGAGGUCCACCUCAGGGCUUUCACCCCUGGGGGUCACGGCUGCCUCCUCCGACAGCCCGCCCUGCUCCCCUAUGUGGUCAACCUCCGGGGAGACCGGACGGCCAAGAAGAGCCCAUACUUCAAGCUGGACAGGCACAAACUGACACGCUUUUUGUGAGAAAUUCACAAAUGAGCCAGUUUACUCCUGUGCGGUAACACACCUCGCUGCUCGCUAUUUAACCUCCCCUCUCACCAGUGGAAUUGUCUUCCGACAACAGCCAAUGAACCUACUCUUCAUCCAGACAGUCUAUAAAUAGCUCACUGGAGUGAGGAACAUAAUGCUUGUGUAUACUCAGUAUACCGAUCGGGAGAGGGGAUCGCAGCCAAUUAUGUACUGUUGUUGACGAACCAGCUGAUGUCGUUACCAUGCCAGUCCUGUUUGACAAUGUAUUUUAUUUCUACACUCCGGAUAUCCUGUGUAUAUCAUCAAUAUAAUAUUUCAUGCUAAUUAGCCUUUGAAAGUUGCUAAUUUUUUCUUUAGUUUCCUUGUGUGUUCCGAUGGUCAGGGAGCUUUAUUGUGUAUAUAUGCCCAUGCAUGCGUAAAUUUGUUUCACAUAUCAAAAUCCUAUACUCACUUUUGACUAAGUUUCUUGCAGCAAUGUGUUCUAAAUAUUAUAAUUCGCUGUUUUAACUCUUUCUGUAUUUUCUUUUCUGGCUACUUACAUGUACAUGUAUCUCUCCACAUUCAAUAUUUAUACUGUUACUGUACAUAUCUGUAUUUAUAGGAGCCAGAAUGUAUGAGUCCAUGUGGUCACACACAUGUAGAGUAACCUAACAUAUAACCUGUAAAAUACUGUGCACAUUUUGUGGGGAGCCUUAUGGUUACCAUGCCAUUAUUUUUGAUUGCCAAAUCCACCACCUGGUUUGAUAGAAUUGUCAAGGAUUUCUCAGUUCUUACUUGAUACAUUGUUACUUUAUGCAAGGCUUGCACCAAGAAAUUUUUAAAAAUUCUGUGCUACUUUUGGCUUGGAAGAAUCCUCAUAAAAAUAGGGAUAAGGCAGUCAGCUGCAUUCCUAGCAAUAACAUGAGUAAGCCAAUGAGUGAAAUUAAUUGAUGCAUUAUGGCUCUGCUGGAUCAUUUCAGACCUGAAAAGAGGUCUUGCAUGUAUAUUAGAUAAGGUUAAUCGCAGAUGCAUGUACGUACACACAUGUACAUGUAUAUGAAUUAAAUGUGGGUAAAGUCCAAACUGAAACAAGCUGUUUUCUGUCAAAUAAGUUGACAUUAAUUUUUAAGAAAGGCUUAAAUUUCCAAUCUUCUUGGAACUUGGAUGAAUGCUGUUUUUGGUAGAUAUUAGAAGUGGAUGUUGGUGCAUUGUUAAUGAGCAAAGCUUUUAUUGCGGGUUGGUGUGCAUACGGGUACAUUGUCGAAUUUCACAGAAACAACUGCGUUAACUUGGAUUUACAUUGUUUUCAGCUAAAGAAGAAAGACACAAUGCACAUUCCAUAAAUGUGUAUGAAGUUUACAUGAGGAUGGUUUAGUCCCUAGCCUCUUGGUCAGGUUGAAUAAUAGAUGACGUCAGAAGCCCCUCACAUCACGCCUGGUUAAUGAGGCUUGGCAGGCUUCCCUGUUAUAGCUUUGCCUGAGAUUAAGGAGCAUUUUUUUUGGAGCUCACGACAUCACUUGCUUUCCAUAUUAUUACUGGGAUUUUGUCCAUUUCAAACCAACAAAGUUUGUUUAUUUGCACCGUCGGAAAAUUUAGUCGUUUCAAUGUGUGUUUUAUUCCUAUACAUGUACUUCCAAAAUGGUCUGUCUGGAGAGCUGCUUCUGGUCCAUGUAUGGUACAUGUACAUGUAUGACUAUGUGACUAUAAUAUCUGGUCAUGGUGAAAACUAAUGGUUCAGAUUUCAGCUGCAUGUGAAUCUAAUAUGUUUUCCAUAAUCUGUUUUUUUCCUUCUCAUUUUACACAUCACUAACCAUUCUAAUAUAACUGUCCCAGAUUCUCCUCUGCUCUCAUGUUACAUUGCCAAGUGCACAGCGCCCACGGUGGCAGUGUCCCGUCCUGAGGAAGUGACCUCUCAAUAUUCAUGGGCACGUCAUCGUGCCGCAUGCUAGGAUGCAUUGAUCCCAGUUGGUCACAAACCACAAGACACUGUGUUUCAAUAUGGUCUCACAUAUUAUCAUAACAUAUAGUCUCUUCUCAAAAUCACUGAUCACAUUUUGGCAUUGGCAUUGCCUCUUUAUUAGAAAACCUCUGAAAAAUAUUCAUUGUGUAGAUUGUUAAGGAGCUAGGCUACCAAGCAUGGGUAUUGUGGAGGAGAGGAUUAGGGAACCGGGGGGGGGUGGACGAAUGGGAGAAUUCUAAAAAGGAAAGGAGAGGACAUGAGGUUUACAGGUUUACAUCACCAGUUCCGUUAAAAUGCCCUAGUAUUGAUCCCCCUCAGAUGUUAAUUGAUAGUUUGUCAGUCUGCACAGUUGAGUACUUUGCCUGCCUCAGAGUUAAAGCCCCUUGUCUUCAUGAUGCCCCUGCUUCCAGGACAAUGGACUAUGAUUUUAUUUUGAUUUGUCAUGACAUUUGAAUUACAUUCCUUUCCAUCAUUUCACAGAGAGAUUUUUGUCAUGAGCUUGGCAUUUGAAUCCUUUUAAUUGUAAUUUUACUGAAAUUCUUACAUGCAUUGGCAUUUGUCCCCUGCCCUGCCAACUGCGGCAAUGGGAAGUUUCGGUAACGUUUAUGCCAAAAAGUGAGUCACCUAGUGGGCAUCCGUAGAAUGGCAUCACAUUUGUUUGAUUGCAUAGGGUGACAAAUCCAAAUCAGAUGUAAUGUACUUCAUAUGCUGUCUCACAUUCCUGUUACAUCAUAAAGCUUUCUUGAUAAAUAAACAUUGAGGAAUUCCUGAUCCUGUGUUUAAUGCGUAUGCAUACGCGCAUGUAUGUUCAUGAGCACGACGACAACAUCAAAUUUAAUGUUGAUCUUGGUGGUGUUGGCAGGUACAUGUACAUUUAAUGACUGCUGGCAUGCCAAUGCAGUCCAGCCCGGCCAUCACCCGAAGACUCAGAAUUGUCAUUGGUAAUUCAUUCACGGGAGAUGGGAACGUUUAACACAUUAGCGCCAUGCAAUUAGUUGAGGCAAUGUCCGUGGCGAGCUGGAAGGGGGGGGGUUUGAGGAUCUGCAGGGAGGCAGUUAAAAAGGAGGCAGUUGUGGCCGUCUGCACACGGUGUGUCUGGUGUGAAUGCUGUGGUGAUUGCCCACAGAUCCGAAAUGCAUGGAGGAAGCUUAAUGAGAAAUGUCACCAGGGAUAUUGUUGCUGCAUCUUUCAUGAGAUACCCUUCCUCUUUCUGGAUUUCCUGAAGCCACUUCAGUCUUUUUGUGACUGAGGGCAUCAUUGAACCAGAUUUUCAUGUUUUCUUCCCCUUUGUAUUGUUUGUUUUACCGUCACCAUAAUCAUACUCUUGUUGUGAUCCUCACUCUUUUGAGAUAAUUCAUUUGAUGUCUCAAUUGUCAAUGCUUUGUUUAACAGUCACCACUAUCGUUUCGUCAUUUCUGUCAUUAUCAUCACCUUGGUCAUUGUCACAACCCAUUGUUGCUUUGGUUGUCACUGUCUUUGCGAUAACUUUCAUCCACACAUUUGUCACUUUCACCUCACAAUCAUCACCGCAGCCACAUCAGAGCCACAUCUUCUCUUCGCCCUCACCACAUCCUCGUUGCACAAUUAUUAGCAAAUGAUCACCAUCUUCAGUCUUCCACCAUAAUGGCAUUGCCUUUACAUUCAACAGCAUCAACCAUCCCUUUUUAAUAAACAGCACCGCUUCCACAUCCCCAUUACUACCUAAAUCCAGGUAGCAAGUAUGACCCAUUUCAAUUUUCAUUACUCGUAAAACAUUCAUGAUUGAUAUCCAUGCCAUCCUCAUUUUCACAGCGAUCACUAUCAUCCAGACUCAUAACUGGAGAUAGUAAUUAGGCCAUGGGGGGGGGGGAAGUUUACCAGCCAGGACUUUUGAAGAAAGGGAGGAUGAGGCCAUUUUAUUUCUUUUCUUUUCUCAUUCCUUUUUUUUUUUAUGAUGGCAAUUUUCUGCCAAAGUCGAUAAAUGGAUUUUCUGGACUGCACUGUUUGUAUCAAGGAAUGAUCACCCUAAUCCACAGGCUUUGAACAAGCAAGUGUAGCUACAUAUUUUAUUCUAAAUAAAAAGAUAAAACACAUUGCAGAUUUAAAAAAGAUAAAAGAAAAAAGGAGAUACUGUAGAUAGAGAAGCAGGGAUGCAUUCGGGAUGAGAAAGUAAUUGUCACUUGGCCAAAUGUGUGCAAGAAGUUGUGCAGUUCUAUUUCCCUGAAGUCACUGUAAUUUUGUUAAAAUCCAAUCAUUUGUUAUGAUCACGUUAAUAUCUCAACCACUGUGUCACGAUUGCCAUCUCGAUUACCUUUUUUUUCUUCAGACGGGUCCAUCUUAGGAUAGAUCACCCUUCUGUUAUUCCAAAUGUCACCUUUAUGUUUUGGCAAUAACCCAGAGCAGGCUGGCCAAUUUUGAAAAUGUCAAUGAGAUUACCAUCGCAGCACAAUGAUGUACAUGUACAUUCAGGGCUUCACAUCAUGCCCUGCAAUUACACCUACCAGUAGCCGGGAGAUGUUUGCUCGGUGAUAUAAAUACAGCCCCAUGAAGAUAUGUUGUCAUUUGUGUGCCAGAAGUCAAUGCCUGGGCCAUGCGAUUGUGUAAUAGUGGACAGUUAAUUACGCCAAAGCCACUUGACAGAGGGCACACUUUUGUGAAAUUGAACGUGGUUAAUACUGUUUUCUUGACGGUGUGGUACAUAUAUGUCUCCAAGCUAGAUUGAACUUACAGAUUGGGAAGAGAAAUGAAAAAUUAACACGCAGUAAAAAAAAAAAAACUCGCUACAGCAUCAAAAUGUAAGUGAAGGAGAAAAGACCAUGCACCAAGUAUUUACAAAAUGAUGUGUUUUGGAACCUUGGCACCAACAGCCAUGUACAAAAGCAAACUGCGAGUAACUCUGUUUAUGAGGGGACAUUCAGUGUAUACAUUCAUGUUUGUAUACUGAAGUAAAGUUGUAUAAAUUAAGCUGUAGUGUGAUGGUCACAGUGAGAAACAGGAGUUGAGGCCGGCUGUUUUGCAUGGCAGCAGACAUUUAUGUGCACACUUUUGUGCAAUUUGUCAGCAGUGUGCAACACAUCAUACAGCACAUUGUGUAUGAAAAAUAAAGAUCAGCUGUUGCACCCUUGAUGGGGCUUUGGUUUUUUUUUUUUUGAAGAAAACAGGAUUUAAUAUUGCCUGCCCAUAGGAUGGUUCAUGACUAAAUUUGCACAAAGCUUAAUUUGGAGUAGUUUUUGCUGGCUUUUUUUUCUAAAGUCAAUACGAAAAGAGCACCUGCACCCGAUGUGAACAUUCAGUAGAAAAAUGUCCCCAAGCUAGGGACACCUUACUAAUUGCAUGAGUCCCGUUCAACUGCAAAAGAGAGCCCAUGGAGUACACAUUUACACAAUGAAAAUUACAAGUCUUGUCUAAUCUGUGCAUACAUGAAAGUAGUUGUGGGGACGACUCAUUGUGGGGGCCAAAAAUGUCAAUAGGACAAAUUUUUGUCCUCGCCAACUUGACCUGGGUCCUGAUUUUUCUAGUAAAAGAAAUUGUCUUGUCAACUGUACAGUGAAGAUUGCCUUUGUGCAUAGGGCCUCGGGGCAGUGUUCUGUCAUUAGGUAAAUUACAUGUACAUUGGAGUGAUGGGAAUUUUCUGCUGUCCACACAAGUUUUUUGGUCUUCACAACAUUGGUGUAAUGAGGAUUGUAUGUCCCCACAAUUGUGAAGUAAGUAUGGGUGCCCAUGCCGUGUGCUGCACCAAGGGAGAUUGUUGUUUAGUAAAAAGAAGAUCACUCUCUGUUGUUCAUUGGUGGAGUCAACUUGCUCCAUGCAGGAACAAGAGAUGCUCUGCUUUUAUAUGUACAUGUACAAGCACCACCUCAAUGAUACAAAACCACUGUGGAAAUGCACAUGUUCAGAUUAAAACAUGGUGAGAAUGUGUAAUCAGUAUUUUUUUUUUAAUUUAUGCAACCUUUGUGUGUACCAUUUGCAAAGCUUUUUCAUUUGCAUUUAUUUCAUUUAUUUAUUCGCCAGAUGAAAGGACAUGCCAAAAUACGCAAAUUACACACAAGAGGCACACCUAAAAACAUCGAAAUACAUUACAUGAGAGAUAUAAAUAAUUGCACAGUAACUAAAAUACCAGAAAAACACCUCACCAGCCAGACUGCUCUAGCAAGCUAUCAACACAGCACAAACACGCAACUACCAACCUUCAAAUGCAACACAGCAAUACUCACACUCUCUCACACAUCCUGGUCAUGUCCAUGAAGGACAGCACCAACAACCUCUACACACAUAUACAGACAAACAAAAACAUACAAACUGGGAGAACCUCUUGCAGGGAUAACCAAAACAGUGACAGAGUCACUUUUAAAGUGGCUAAGCCUAAAAUUCCCUAUGAAACACAACAAGGACAACCCAAGCAAGAAAGCAGUGGUGUUGCUUCUCUCUCAUGGAGAAGACAGGAAAAAGAGGAAAAGGAAACCAAAAGAAAAAAGAAUAUUAUAAUUAUAUUAUGCUAUUUAAAAGCUUUCUUUUUCUUGUUAAACCUUGAAAUACUAAAAAAAAAGUUGAUCAAACAAGGCUGAGAACAAUCAAAAGCAGCAAAUUUAUAACCAUCAGUGAGAGCAUGCAUAUGAGAGAAUUCAAAGUACCAAAUAUGACGUGACGUGAAUCAGCAGAAAAAAGAGUGAACCUCAAAUACCAAAAGGCACUUGGAAACAAAAAAGAUGGCAAAAUACCAAUAGGUAAGUUGACAUUUUUUUCCACCACUCAGUCUCUUCUUAGCUAGCGAGGGAAUGCAUCUAUUCAAAAUGGAUAGGGGAAUGACUCGGCAUUUUUCCUUACUAUACACCCAGUGCGCAAUGUUUUUUCUCAUCUCUGUUGUGGAUAUGCUGGCAUGAAUGUCAGUUUCAAGUGUCUUUGGCCAUGGUUAUGAUGUCUGCAGAAUGUCUGAAUUAGCCAGCACUUGUCCGCCAGCACUUUUUUUUUCUGUUAGCACUUUCAGUAGACUUUGUUUGAUAUGAUUAUGCAAAGUGGUCGGAAGUUGGGGAUGUGUGUUGCUGGUAUGCGUGGUCCCUCAUUUCCUGGCUAACAAAGCAGCCACCUAUCGACUUACCGUACUGCCGAUCAUUUUUCUGUGUUAGUGGAAAGUCAGUUGGAUAAACGGAAUUCCCCAUUUGACCUGGAACUGGGUUUCCGGAACUGACACUGAAAAAUGUGGGUUAGAAAGUCAAAAGGGAUUUCUUUUUUCUCACAAAAAUGAAGGAUUAGUGCACAAAGAGCUGAAAUUCCAAUCUGAGUCAAAGCUCAUGACCUGGGCCACUGCAGAAAAUGCCAAGUCAUUCUUGUCGAACUCUUGGUAGACUACAUUGAUGGCAUUACCUUAACUAUCCAUAUGUUAGCCUUAGCUGUCCAUACUGGUAAUUGUCCUGCAUAUAUUAUUCAUAACGUUUUUCCGCUUAUUAUUCAUAAACGUUUUCCCUCUUGCACAAAAACUGGUGGCUCAGUUGCAGUCUGUAUUGGUCAUACAUCAGUUGUACCAGUUUGGUAAUAUCUUUUGUCGGUGCAUCAAAUAAAUGCACGAGGCAUGAAAAUUUAUAUGCGUACCUUUUUCCAAAGGUUCAGCACAAAUAUACAUCAUUAUUAGACGGGUAGCCCAAAUGUGAAUAUUUGGGUACAUGUGCACUGUUGGUUUUUCCAGAUGUGGUUUCUUAAUGAAACCCUUGAAAAUGGAGUUUUGUUUUCACUUGUCAGUUUUUGUUUUGCUAAUCUGAGGAUGUUUUGGCGCCUUUUUGGAUUGUAUUAAAAUAAGUACAUGUCUUUUCACAUUCGCAUUACCCUGUGAUUUGUGGUGAAAAUGUGUUGUUCGUCGUUCAGACCUCAAGGCUUUGUUGAUUUGUGCACAAAAAACUGCCUGAAUUUUAUAUUUGCUGGCCUAAAUUUUCUGUUUCUUUGCUGAUUCGUUGUUGUGUAAUGAAAUUACAGUUAGCCAACAAGCAGUCUUAAAAUUUGUUCAACAGUAAGAAACUUUGAGGUUCACAGUUCAAACACAAAAACCUAUAAAAUCAUGGAUGCCUUCCCAGAAUGACAUCACAGCAAACAUUUCAAAAAGUGCACAUUUUACUACAGUUUACCAACAGUUGCAACAACAGCUCCAUUGAAGAGAAGUAGGAAGUUGCAGAAAAAGUGUGUAAUGAGAAAAUCCAUAAUUUGGACUCUUUAAAAAAAAUGGCGAUUGAACUAGCUCCUCAUGAGGUUGGAAUACAAGUUAGUGUCUGAGGAGAAAAUAGAGGAGAAAGGUAACAUGGAAACCUUAAAACUCAGGGAUGCAAGAAAUACCAACAGAAAAGUAUGUUUGGUUUUGAGUGAACAAUUGAUCCUAUUACUUCCUCAGGAGAUGGCUAUGGAAAGUACAUGUACAUGUAUAUGCCAUUGAAUGAAUAGCUACUCUGUACAUGUACAUGUGGGCUUACUGUGUUAAAAAAAAGUCCCCAAUAUUGUGAAUCUUGGUAGUGUCUUGUUAGCUUUUCAUAUUGCAAAGAUAUAUACAGGUACAUGUACCUGCAACCCACAUUUUAUGGUCAAAAUCAUACAGGCAGGUUUAAUGGUGCGCCAAAUAGGGAGAAAAAUACUGUCCUGAGCAUAAAAUACAGCUGUCCUCAGUGAACAGAUGUAACAAAGCAAGCAAUUACAAUAAUGAGCCAUUCUAUAUAUUUCAAAAAGCCAAGAACUUUCGGGAACAAUGCGCACACAUGAGUCGGUGUAUGGCUGUGCUAAUAAGACAGACUGUUGCGCACAUGCAUAACUGUUCUCAAAGAGCCUCGUACCGAGCAUGUACUGUUGGUAUCCCGUAACUGGUCACUGUUGUAAAUUUUGAAUUUGGUUAUCCUUAAUUAAUAAACUUUAAGAAUCUUCCAAAUUACUCAACUGUGCAGUAAACCAGCAUGUAUGGCACAUCCUUUGUACUUGUACUUACAUAAAAUAAAGACUUGAAAGCCUCAUGUAAGUAAAAAGUGGCUUGUUAUUAGAUUUCAUUGAGUGUCUGUUGCAGGUCGAAUGAUUUGCCUUGAAAAGUUAAGACUUUCAAAAUUUAGACGAAAUGAAACGUGCAUGAACACAGUAUCCAAAAAGGGGUUUGUUAAAUCAAGUGAAUGUUGAUUCAUAUCCCUCUCUUUUGUUAUAGGUAACUCAGAAAGUUGGUCUGGGGCUAUGAAAACCCUCAUGUGUUUCAUAAUGGGUUGCAUACAACAUUAUCAACAGUAGACCUACCUGUAAAAUGGCCAUCAGAUUUUGUAGCAAAGUGUGUGUGAAAUCUCCUGUCAAGUUGUCAUUUAGGUUAGCAUUUGGGCCUGACGGAGAAGUCAAUCUCUUCUUGUUGACCUCUUUGCCUUAAGGUCAGUUCUCUGUCUAAUCACAGUCCACAGAUGCUAUCAUCAUCUGAUAUGUCUGGGGCAUUUCCAUUAAAAAAAUAAUCUGAAUGAGACUUUCUCAUCAAAGGCCCUGUCCGGUAGAGAUCUUGAGUUGCAGUCAUAAUUUGUGUGGGAGAUGAUCAGAUUCUGUGAUUGCUGUGUGUGAGUUUCUUAUCAGCCUAAUGACUUUUCUUAUCAAACAUCAUCCACAGUGACUGGUGGUCCUUGCGGUUUUUAAAAUUACAUGUUCACAAUUUUCCCUCUAUUAAUUAGAAAAGUUCCGUAAAAUUCCUUGAAAAUGUCCAGAAAAGCGAGAACUUGAAUAAAAUUGUUUAUUUUUAUGA